CGAAAUUUUUGUUAUCAAAGUUUUCGUCAAAGUUUUUGAAAAAACUUUCGCUACGUGAAGAAUUUUAGUCUUUUUUUCUUUACAAAAUGUUUUAAAUGACUCUAAAUGUAAUGAAUGAUUUCAAUUUCGAAGAACCCGAAGCAGAUGAACCAAAAGAAGAUGAAAAAAUCCCAAAACCACAAUUUGUAUGUGAUAUUUGCGGCAAAAUGUACAAACAUAGAUCGAAUUUAGAAAUCCAUAUCGGAAUUCACAAUGGAACGAGCAUAUUUACUUGCGAAUAUUGUGGUAAACUUUUCACUCAGAAAAUAACUCUUAAACGGCAUUUACCUAUUCACACAAAAGUUCCUCAAUAUACGUGCAAGAUUUGUGAUGAGGAGUUUAUCCAUGAAAAGACCUACAAACACCAUAUGUCCAACCACACAGGAUUAAAAGCAGUCUUUUGUUCAGUUUGUAACGCAGGAUUAAACAGCAGUACAGAGUUGAAAAGGCAUAUGCGUUCUCAUACCAAAGAAAAGCCAUUUGCAUGUGAUAUUUGUGGGAAAUGUUUCAGCCAAAAGUUUAAUAUGUAUGCUCAUAAACGCUCGAUUCAUCAAAACAUCAAUGGAUCAAACAAAACUUCUUCUCAAAGACAAUGUCCGCUAUGCAGUAUGAUUUACGAAAGAAACAGAUUAGCCGAACAUCUAUCUGAAUAUCAUAGUUUGAUUCAAUCGUCUGUAAUUUUAUAGCCAAUUUUGCUAACUGUAACUGUAUAAUUGAUAACUGAUUUUGCACUCGUAUGUAAUUGGAUUAAAUUAGAUAUUACGUAUUGUUGUAUCGUGGAAUUAAAAAUUUCAACUAUGGCAACCA